AUGUCAACAUUGACAUGUGGGUGCUGUUUCAUAUGCGAAGACAAAUACCUCACUUUUGAGGACACUUUGUGCAGAAUACCAGCGAGUAAAAGUGCCCCAAAAAGCUACAAAAACAAAAAAAUAUAUGAAAAGAAAUCAAAGACAACGGCAAGUGGUAGACCAAGAGAGUACCACAUAAAAGGAUUUGGCUUUGCACUUCAGAGUUUGUUGCACUGCCAUUUUGUUGUGCACGAAGGGAAUGGCCACAUCCCUCGUAUACUACAAUGGAGGAGCAAUACUUUGGCUCGUUUUCACGAGCUAAUGAGCCAAGUAUUCGAAAACUGUGAGGUUGAUGUGCAACUUCUCCGCCCAAGUGUAAUUGACAAGCAGCAACCCUAUUGGACUUGGGGCGACAAUGUUGAAAACAUUGAAGAAAUUGUUGAAUUGUUUGCCAAUGAGGAUGAAGAAAAAACCAGCACUUCAGUUGAUCAAAAAGAUGAUGAAGUUCAUAAAACUGCUACCCUUCCGUCGUCUUCUAAGGGUAAACUCUCAUCCACUGAGUUACGCACUUUGAAGCAUGAGUUUCAAACCACAAAGGAUGAAUUGGCAAAGGUAACCAAUUCAAAUCGAGCGCUGUGCAUGACUUGGAAGAAACGAGUUACUGUACCUGGUGAUGAAGCGAUUAAGGAAGGUAGUGCCACUGUUGCAAAACAAGAUGUGGAAGGUAAAGGGUGCAGAAAGAAGCAAUUGACCACUACAUUGUUAAGUCCAUUUACCGAUCCCUCGAGGAAGAAGAGGACGAUUGUUGUUCCGGAUGCAGAGCCAACCUCGCCAUGUAAACAUGUGAACGUGUUAAAUUCACUGCUUCGGUUGCAUUGUACCUCUUGCAGAAUCAUGAUAGUGAAAUUCAUUGAGCAUCACAGUGCUGACAUUUUUGUGGAUAAAGUUGACCCAUCGAAGAUCACAUAUUACCAACUGAAGCUUGCGAUAGAGGCUUUAAGUGGGGAGGCACAUGGAAGCUCUGCUGGAGGUGCUUCAUAUGGUGAUCCAUCCAGUUUGAUAGAGCUAUUUGCUUUAGUUCUUCUAUGUAGCAACGUGAAAUCAUUUCAAUUAUCUGCGGCUAUGUUGUACAUGGCGAAAUGUAAUAUUGUAUAG